UCUUCUAUGUAUGUUUACCUCGCUGUUGGUGAGUGUAAAUGAACAUUCGCUAUUGGUAUUUCGCUAGCUUCUCCGUAGAGUCUGUGCUUCAUUUAUGGACUGCACCUUCAUAUAUUGUAGUUUGGAGUAAUAUCAAACACACUCAUAUUGGGGGCAAUAGCCGAUGACAAUGUUAAUCGCGUGAGCUCGUAGUCAGCUUUUGACACAGGUUUCUUCAUUAGUGUUGUACUCCAGUAAACUUUUUCGCGAGUGCUCGGAAGUAGUAACAUUUCGUGGAAUCGAGCUGCCGUCUUGAGUGUCAUUAUCUUGAGAUUCAUAAAAGACGUAUGUGUGUUGUGUCGACAGCCUGUACAUAUAUGGGGCAGGACGGUGUUCAAAUACUUCAAGUGCUUAGACUGUUGGGUUCUUGGCAUCCACCAUACCAGAAUGAGCGAGUUUCUCCUCUGAGGAGGCUUAGCAAGCGCUCGACAGAAUUUAAGAUUAACAAGAUCAAGAGGUAUGUGGCAUCCGCUCUUCUACUUGAAAACUGGAAAACCUUUGCAAUAUGAUGCUAACUUCUUCGGUCCCAGAGCCAAGAGGUCCUGCACAGAUAUAAUUUGCUUUCUCCUAUUUUUUUGCUUCGUGGUAGCGUGGAUAGUGGUAGGAGUAAUAGCAUUUUCCCAGGGAGAUCCCGUGAAAAUUAUUGCUCCAACGGAUUCAGACGGAAUGCGUUGUGGAUAUGAUGAAGAAGUGAUAGAUAAAAAGUAUCUCUUUUACUUUGACAUUACACAAUGCUCAUUGGGAAGCUGUAAUACUCCUAUGGUAUGUGUAAAGAAAUGUCCAGAAGAACUAUAUAUUGGAGCAUAUUAUAUACAUCUUAAUCAACCUGAACAAGCUCGUGACGGGGCAAUAUGUAGAGGUAACAUACCCGAUCUUGAUAACAUAGGAGCAGCACUCAAUAACUAUGAUUGUGCGGCUUGGUACCUUCCUACCAAAAGUGUUGCUCGACGCUGUAUCUAUGUAGAUAUAAAUAAAACCUUUGACAAUCUACUCGAAGAAGAAUUUAAGAACUACACAGGUACUAGUCUAGAACAGGUACGAGACGCAGCUGAUGAAACACGAGCCAAACUGAAAAAGGUUGGAGAAACGAUUGUUAGUAAUAUGGAAAAAAAUUGGCCACUCUUGCUCGGUGGAUUAGUGAUCGCUAUGGUGCUCUGUAUGAUUUACAUUGUCAUAAUGCGCUGGUUUGCUUGGAUUAUUGUAUGGGUGUCUUUGUUAGGAGUUCUUGCCCUUUUAGGAUUCUGUUGCUACAUAACGUGGACAAAAUAUCGUGAGACAUCAAAUGAUGAAGAGAGUGUCGAUGUCCCUGCCAACAAAGCUGUAAACAUUUCGUGGCUCAUAUUCUUUAUUGCAUCAUGUAUUGUUUUGGGUGUUGUGUUAUUGUUGAUCAUCUUUCUACGCAAUCGUAUCAGAAUAGCCACAGCCCUCAUCACUGAAGCAAGCAGAGCCGUUGGAAGUAUAAUGAGUACAUUAUUUUUUCCGUUGGUACCCUGGAUACUGCAAAUGGGUGUUAUUGCAUGGACAAUUGCAGUGUGGCUUUAUAUAUUUUCCUCUGCAAUGCCUGUUUAUCGCGCUAGAGGUUUGGCAGAGACAGGAGGCUGCUCGUGCCAAUUUUAUUCAACAGGUGACAGGUGUGAAGUACAAGAGUUUAAUGAGAAAUGCCAAUCAGCCUUGGAAAUAUGUCCAGAAGUUGCUUGUGCAUUUAAAACAUAUGAAGGCCGAUCAUAUUCUGAUUAUUUCCAUGCAAUUAACAUUAUUGGAUUUUUCUGGGUUUUAUGUUUCAUAUCUGCAUUUAGUGAUAUGGCUCUAGCCGGCACAUUCUCCACAUGGUAUUGGACUUUUAAAAAAUCAGAUGUACCUUUUCUUGCUUUAACUUGGAGCAUUGGAAGAACAUUGCGAUACCACAUUGGAACUCUAGCCUUUGGAUCAUUAAUUUUGGCAAUAUGUCGCUUAAUUCGAGUAACUCUCGAAUACAUAGAUGCACAUUUAAGAAAAUAUGAUAAUGGAUUUGUAAAAUGUGUCAUGUGUUGUUUCAAAUGCUUCUUUUGGUGCUUGGAAAAAUUUAUAAAAUUUAUCAAUAGAAAUGCAUACAUAAUGUGUGCAAUUCAUGGCAAAAACUUUUGUCGUUCUGCUCGUAAAGGUUUUAACCUUGUAAUGAGAAACAUUAUUCGAGUGUUUGUUGUGGAUAAAGUUACAGACUUCCUCCUCUUGCUAGGAAAAUUACUGAUAACUGGAGGAAUGGUGGCCCUUGCAUUCUACAUUUUUAGCAAUGAUGUGAAAGUUAAUGAAGAUGAUGAAUAUCCAGAAUAUACAUAUUACCUGUUGCCAGUUAUAAUAGUUGGCAUUGGCACUUACUUUGUUACAUGUAUAUUUUUUUCAGUGUAUCAUAUGGCUGUUGACACAAUAUUUCUCUGUUUUUUGGAAGAUUUGGAACGUAAUGAUGGCUCUGUUGAAAAACCAUAUUACAUGUCAAAGAAUUUGUUAAAAAUUCUUGGCAAGAAGAAUAAAAAAUAUAAAGAACAAUAAGAUGUAAAGAAAACAUGUCCAUUAUAUAAUUUAUAGUUCUCACCAGAGAUCAAUCAAAUUUUAGCAUCAUACAGAAAACUGUUGAAAAUAGACAUUGCAUCAUUUGUUUGUGAGUGAAAUGUGUAAUAAAGUGCAAAUGAAACUUCAAUAUUUUAGAGGAGAACAUUUUAAAUAUAUCAAAUCACAAGUGAAAAAGUAAAACAAGAACUGUGUGUUUUUUUAUUAGAUCUCAUGAUAUUUUUUAAAUCUAUCUUUCAAGUAAAACUUGAUUGCAAUAAAGUACCUGUUUAGUAUUUUUUAAUGAUACAUUAUUUUCACUUUCUCUUUAUAAGAAAAUUAAUUUUUAUUUCUUUCCAAAUAAACAUUUAUAUUUAUUUCUUUUAA